GGGGCGCCUUCGAGCAUCAGAUCAUCAACUUUAAUUUCGAGACCGUGCAGGUGACCUGGGAUGCCAACCAGCCCGCGGGGACCCACCUGACGUUUUUCUACGGGGAGAGAAACGACACUGAAUGCCCCAACUACGUCCUUCAGAACGGACGCCGGUCCGGCUGUCUCCUGGUGGCCGAAGACGAUACGAUUCUCAACUUCUCCAUCUGGAAUGGGACCCAGUGCCUCAAGUCCCGGAGCCCAUGGAUCGCCGAUUACUUGAAACCCAGCUCGCCGAGGGGUCUGCGUGUCCUGUGGCGUGAGGAAGCCGUGACGGUGGCGUGUCCCGACCUGCCCCAGAAGGGCCUCAUGUACGAGGUUCAGUACAAGAGCUCCUUGGACGGGGAGUGGCAGCCAAAGGCAGAGAAGACCUGCAAUGUGACCAUCCAGGACUUGGAUGCUGAGAAAUGCUACUCCUUUCGAGCCAGAGUGACCCCCACGGAGCCCACCUAUCCAUCCCGCACAACCUACCCCAGCGACUGGUCGGAGGUGAUCCACCAGCAGAGGGGGCAGCCACGAGACUCGUGCCAGGAGGAACGGGUCUUCCCCAAAUCCGUUUUGGUUUACGGCCUGGCCGCCCUCCUGACCCUGCUCCUCCUCCUCCUGUGUGUGUGGAAACUCCAGAGAGUGAAAAGGCUGCUGAUGCCCAGUGUCCCGGACCCCAAGGCCACCUUCGCGGGGCUGUUCGAGUCCCACCAUGGGAACUUCCAGGAGUGGAUUAAGGACACGCAACACCUCACCCACCUGCAGAAGGUGGAGGACCGGGAGCCGGAGGAUGUGCUGAUCGAGGGCUUGGAAGUCCAGCCGCCCAAGGUCGAGGCCGAGACUCCUGUGACGACGAUGACGGGCCCCCCGGGCCUGCAGACGGACCGAUAUUCAGGGAGCAAACAUUUUAGGGGUGAAAUCGCCCCGGACGGGGAGGCCCUGGGCAGGGCGGACCACCCACCCGCUAAGAACCUGCAGACACAGAAGAAGAAAAUAAAACUAAAUCCCACCGUGUUUUAG